GCAGUAGCCAUAGAACCGUUUUAACUGUAGUCGUACAAUAAGUCUGACAUAUUGUAAUUUAAUGCUUUUAUCAAAUUCUAUCAGAUUAUUAUAUUUUGCGAGAAAAAGAUAAAUUUAUAAGAUACGUUAUCUUUUUAUCUCUAUAUAAUUCUAUAUAAUAACCUCAUAUAACUAUGUUAUUGCGUAGUACAAUUUAUUACAAUAAAAAAUUAAAUUAGUCCUGUCAUUUAAACAUAUUACAAAAUAACCAAAAACUGGUAUGAUUUUAUACGACAAAAAAGAUAGUCGAUAUUUCAAACAUUUUUUGGUAAUUGCAAUUUGAAAAAUUUUAUAGGAUGUAAGACAGUUCAAGUAAAUAGUUUCAGACGGAGACCUUUUGAUUGAAAACCUGUAACGAUGGGCGAUAAAGAAUUCGAUGUUUGCGAAUACUUAUGGAAUCAUGAAUUAGCUAUGCAGGAAUUGUUUUCCAUUUUGCGACAGAAUCAGUAUUACUGUUCGGACACGGAAUGUUUGAACUUGUCGCAAUUUCCGGAAUCACGUAACGUGUCGUCGUCUACGAAUUUCCUGACGACCUGUUUAAUUAUCGCGUUCGUGUUGGUGAUGUACGCCUUAAGACCACGCUCGCUUCGUCCACUGAGGAAUGACAACGCUAAAGAUCGACAUAACGGGCGUGACUCCAACGAAGAGCCGCCUGCACCUCCGCCGUCAACGCAAUAAAAAGUGCAAUAAUGCAAGGACUCGCGUCCUCAUGUGGAUUUAAGAAGCAGAAUCUUUUGAGCUUA